AUGAAAUUGGGAGCAUCACAGUUGUUCGAGCUACAGCCAGAUCCUUAUGAUGUAUCACAAAAGCGAUACUUUCGAGCGUGUAUAUUUCGUGACGUCAAAAAUGCUCGAGAGCUACGCCAAGCUGUACGCGAUGGAACUAUUGAUGCUGCAUUAAUUAAGCCUGAAUUGGUGUUGGAGGUAUUUAUUCUACUGGCUGCAGCAAAUCGUGCAGUUCAUCAGGCGGCUCAUAAUAGGCUUUACACCAGAUCGCUUCAUGCAGAACUCAUUUAUUCCUUGUCGCCAAGCAGAAAUAUAGCUGAAUCACUGGUAACAUUCGGAAUUGCGGAAAAUAGCUGUGAUCUUAUUGUCGGUAUUUUCAAUGAUGAGAGUGGCGAAAAAAUGAUAGAACUGGCAAAACGGAUUGAUGGAGUUCCAGUUUCUCUCAGUCAGUUACCAGAGUUGGCCAACUACCAGUUAAUUAAAAAAGUAUAUCAUGUGUCAGAACCCGAAUUUAAUGAGGAGACUAUCAGCGACUCAAUUAUUAGUAGGAUAGUUACCAAAGAUUUUAUGAGUUAA